AGAACAGUGCCUUUUAAGACAAAACUUUUCGAAAAUUUCAAGAUUUUACCUAAGUUACCGUUAGUAAAAGCGAGUUUAUUGAGCUUGGAGUGGUACAAUGAUGCAGAGGAGCUUGAGGAGAAGGUUUUAGGCGGAGGAGGUAACUGGACGAACAAGGAGGGGAGGUGGAGAAGAAGAGGGAGUUAGGAGUUAGGAGUGGAGUGGAGAUAUGAAGAUGGCGAUCCCUGCUCUGAGAAGUCAAGGACGGUGGCUGAUAAAAUCACUGCCUUGGAGAUCAUGGUUUGAAAGAAUCCCAUUGCUAACAUUAGGUCUCUUGAUUUCUUAUUGGGAAGGAAUGGUGACCUCAAAGGUAUAUCCUUUUACCAGCUUAAAUACCACUCUGCACCCCCUAGCUUCAUUACUAAGCACACUUCUCCAGGUUUUGAGUCUUGAUGAGUUAUAACUUAUAAUAUAUAUUCAUAUUAGACAUUUGAGUAAUAUAAAAUGUAGUUCUGCCUACUGGAUGAUGCAAGAUUUCAUGGUAGUUGUCUGGUUGCUAAUAGAUUUGAUGGGUUAUUUUGCAUGGUCCGAAUCUUUACCACAGUAAUUGUUAUUUGUUGUUGGUUUCAGACUAUAUAUUUCAUGUUGACAAGCAAAUCAGAACAGGAGCGAAACUUGCUUGUGUCAAUUAUUCUUCGGAAUAUUUAUAUGUAAUCAAAUUUUAUCAACUGUGUGAUCCCUUUAAUUGUUUACUUUUCACAGUUGGGAGAUCCUCAAAACAAGAGUGCAUCUAAUGCUGAUUACUCACCUAACAAAUCUUUUCGCUGAUAUCCUAAUAUGUAGCUGCGGCAUUUCAAUCUUUAUGGCUUUUAACAUAUAUAUUUGGUUGUUUGGGUUCUUCUCUUUCGCUUAAAACGUAAGUUAAGUUUUCUGCAGGCUGUGGUGGAUUGAUGAAGUUGAUUCCUUUCUCUUUCGUCCUCAUCUUAGGUUACGUCAACUUUUUGAGUCAGAUUCGAUUGAGCCACAAAGGAGAUAAUCCAAAGGUGGCAAAACGCCUGAUUGAUGUAUUACUUUGCUCUAUUUAAGGUAAUAUAACUGGCGUCUAAAGUCUAUAUAUGAGUGCAAAAUUGAAGCUUAUUUUGACGGUCUUCUCGGACUAUUUGUAAUUUUUGAGACUUCUACUGCCCCCAAAUGUCUUCCUUUGAGUUGGAUUCCAGAAUCCUAUCAGCUCUACUGACGGGAGUUAACAAAGCUUUUCCAUAUAUUUCCACUGACGAGGCAGAUGAUAUAAUUCAAUCCCUGACGCUGGUGCUUUAAUUUUAAACUGGUAACUCCUAAUGCUUCAUCAUAUGAGUUUUGUUUCAUUAGUUACAACCAAAAGGAUAAUAAAGGAAAUGGUAUCUCCAAAAGAGUCUUGCAGGUUGGUUACAUGAAUAUAUGCAAGAAUCUUGUUUCUUUAGUUAUCUUGAUUAAUGAUGUUAACACAUAAAGAGUGAUGCCAUUAGAACACUAUUGAAAAUUUAUGUGUUAUCUCUAAAGUUUACUAUUAAUAAUGGACUAGGUUUAUCGAUGGGUUUCUCAUGUUACUCAAUGGCAAAUCAAGUUUUCUAAAACCGAUUUUUAAAAAAGAAUCAGUUUACGCAUUCAAAAAAUCAAUUUAAAUUAUCCUGGCGCCUAACCACCGCGAUUUUUCUGAACAUUGCGUUUAAUUAUCUACUCACCUGUAAUGCUUUUUUUCUUCUUCUUUAUGUGCAUCUUGAAAUGUCAAACCAUAUGAUUGGAUCUGAGAUUAUCAAGUUAGCAGAAGAGGAUGUGUCUCCUGAAGAUCUAGUCUUCCAUAAGUUCUAUGUGAACAAGAUGAGUAGUACAAAACAAUCAAACAAAAAGAAGAAGAGGAAGAAGCUACCUGAAGAACAAGCUGCUGAAGAACUUUACGAUGUGAAUGAUGGUGAUGGUGAAGGGGGAAACCUACGAUAGUGAUGUUGAAUUCGAGGCUGGUGAUGAGAGUCACAAUGAGGAGAUUGAGAAUAUGUUGGAUGAUGAUGAAUAUGAUUAUGAUGAUCUAGAUAAAGUAGUUGGCGAUGAUGAUGAUGAUGAUGAUGAUGAUGAUGAUGAUGAUGAUGAUGAUGAUGAUGAUGAUGAGCUUGUGGCGGAUGCGAGUGAUGCAAAGAUGGACACAGAAAUGGAUAUGCUUGAUGGUGAGGAUGUUGAUGAUGAUUAUGGUGGUGGUGAUGAUCUUGGUGGUAACAAGAAAAAGAAAGAAAAACUAAAACGUAAAUCUCCACUUGCAAGUCUUGAAGAGUACGAGCAUUUGAUAGACCGAGAGGAGAUAGAUGAUUCAAAGUCUAAAAGAAAAGUAACAGCAGAGAAGAAGACCAAAACAUUUUUUUUUGAGCAACUUAGACCAAAACAUUAGAUUAGAAAAGUUUCAGCGUUGUUGAUAGCUUGCUAUUCAAGGCUUCCUACGUUUGUCUUAGUACUAUACAGAAACACUGGAGAUAAUUACUCCAAUUUUGUGGUGUUUUUUUUUUGAACACAAACUGACUUUCAUUCAAUA